AUGAGAGGUGUGCAGAGCGCUCUCUUCCACUACGCCUCAUGCGCCCCCUGUACCGGCUACAGCGAUGGCAGAAAAAGACGCAAAGCAGCAAAAGAGGCCCGCAAGCUGAGAGAGAAGCUGGAACUCGAGCAGCCCGGCGCAUACUACCAUCCCGAACCCACUGGCACAAAUGCCUACUGGAGCGAGGAAAUCGCAAUGGGCCCUGGCCCACCACCCCGAAGAGCGAGGAAGACCAACACUACACAAAGGACCGGCUCGAGGGGACUGCCCACCCGCGGCACUCAGAGCUCGACCCUGAGCAAAGGCGGAAGCAGCCUCGAUGUCGACCAUGCAGCUGAAAACCGGCUCAGCGACGACACGCUCGAUGACGACGACGAGACCUGGAACCACAAGCGCUACCAGCGAGAAGACGAGGAUCUGUGGGGUUACGAUGACCAUUCAACAGCCCUCGAACAUACAAUGACAGGCUCAUCUGUAGGCGGUGGCGGCUACCAACUGCAAAGGCCAAAUGUGUCUAGGGCUGGAAGCUAUUAUGUCGCGCGCGUCCCUCCGGUCAAUGAGCUGCACCCACCCGUCGUUAGCCUGCCGUCGCCGGAUCCUUCGGAAAACAAGUGGAUGCUCCAGCCCCCGCCCAAAGCUAGUGUCAUGGCAGGCAAAGAACGAGCAAAGAACCGGAGUCGCAGUGGCAGUGGUGCAAGCAGUCGCGUAGAGCUGAGUCUGGGUCGCCAGGUGAGCACGCGACAACUGAUGCAAAAGCUCGAACGGGGACAGACACCCGAUCGCCUCACAAACUCUCCAAAUGGCUCCUACUCGAAUCUUGCACACGGUCGCUGCAAGACACCGCAAGCCCGGCCCCCGUCUGCCACUAGUAGCUCACCCAACAGGAAAAGACGGGACACCGCCAUGGCCCGCGACCUGGCCAUUGCACGCACAGACACCGCCAGCACCCAGCAUUCUUCUCCAGACCCCAGCGAUAUUACUGUACGCGGCAGUUCCACUCUUAGUGUCGAUGUUCAAGUACUCCGCACCCAUCAAAGCCGGCCUGUACUCUCGACUGUAUCCUCCAGCAACUCAGGUCAAGACGAGAAUACCCUCCCUGAGAAACCUAAACCCGCAUACCGCAGCUCCACCACUCCCGACCUCAGCUCCCUCAACUGCCUCCAAGAUCUCGUCUCGUCCCAAGCCUUACUAACCUCGCGCUUCGUCUCUGCACCCCUGGUCGAAGCCAAGAUCCGCUUACCCCCUUCAGAAGAAGACAUUGCUGCUCGAGCGCGAAAAGACAAGACUCUCCGAAAGAAGGAAGACGAUGACGAGGUAGAUGCCAUUGUCAAUGUGCCUUUUGACCGUGAAUCCGGCCCACCAGAGAAGGAUCCCGCAUUUCGAUGGAGUGUAGACUUUUGA